AAUGUACUGUACAUCGACAUUAUGAACGUGUGAAAGUUGAAAACAUGGCACAUAACCACGCGAGUAAUCAGCAUUAAAAAGCAUACUAUGUUCUUUCACCUUUCUUUCCUUUUUAUAUCCGUAUAUACCAGUUCACGAAAAUCCAAGAGGAUAUUUGGUGUAUAAAAUAUAGCUCUCUUCUAUUCUCUGGCCUAUGCAUAGCCUCAUACACCCACUUCGAUAGAUUUCCCCAACUCUUCCCUCAGAAUAUCAAAUAAUCAUAUCCCCUUUUCCAUUUUCCUGCCACCUUCCCAUUUAUAUUUGUGUGGCUAGCUACCCCAUUUCACCAAUCUGCAUUACUUGCCCCUCCUCUGCCUCUCUCUUUCUCCAUUUCUUUCUCUCUCGAUUCACCUGCUUAGUGAUUAGAGACAUAACAAAUUAAAAUGGGUGACAUUGCUUGCUCUAAUGGGAUUAGCAAUGGGAAUGGAAUGAAUGGAAAAGGACAUUCGUCUCCAAAUGGCUAUAGGAAGAGCUGCUGGUACGAAGAAGAGAUUGAAGAGAACUUGAGAUUUUGUUUUGCUCUCAAUAGCAUUUUGCACACAGGAGCUACUCAGUAUCAGGAAAUUGCCCUGUUGGACACAAAGCCAUUUGGAAAGGCUUUAAUCAUUGAUGGAAAGCUUCAAAGCGCAGAGGUGGAUGAAUUCAUCUACCAUGAAUGCCUUGUUCAUCCAGCGCUUGUUCAUCAUCCAAAUCCAAAGGCCAUCUUUAUAAUGGGAGGAGGUGAAGGUUCGACCGCAAGAGAAAUACUCAGACAUAACAGUGUGGAUAAGGUUGUCAUGUGUGAUAUUGACGAGGAAGUGGUAGACUUCUGCAAGGCCUACUUGGCUGUGAAUAGAAAAGCUUUCUGUGAUCCAAGACUCGAGAUCAUCAUCAAUGAUGCCAGGAGUGAGCUAGAAAGCAGGAAAGAAUGCUAUGAUGUGAUCAUAGGGGACUUGGCAGACCCAAUAGAAGGAGGCCCAUGCUAUAAACUUUACACCAAAUCCUUUUAUGAGUUCAGUGUUAAACCCAAACUUAAUCAGGGUGGCAUAUUUGUCACACAGGCAGGGCCAGCAGGAAUUUUCAGCCAUACAGAAGUGUUCUCUUGCAUUUACAAUACUUUAAGGCAGGUCUUCAAAUAUGUGGUACCUUAUUCAGCUCAUGUUCCUUCCUAUGCUGAUACAUGGGGAUGGAUCAUGGCUUCAGAUAGCCCAUUGGUGCUGAGUGCUGAUGAGUUUGACCUCAGAAUCAAACAAAAAAUCAGAGGGGAGAACAGGUACCUUGAUGGGAAAACAUUUUCAUCAGUCUCUAUCUUGAGCAAAGCCGUUCGCAAAUCACUGGACAAUGAGACCCAUGUAUACACGGAGGGAACAGCAAGAUUCAUAUAUGGGCAUGGCAGUGCUUACAAGCAGAAUCAUGCUUAAGAAAUUGAUAUAAAUUUAAGAAGAAGCCCUACCAAAAGCACACAAGUGAAUUAAGAAAUAUUAUUAUUAUUAUUAUUUUCUGUUUUUGAUAUGUUUAUCUUCUAAAUUAUGAACUUUUUUCCCCUUUUGGCUUGUGUAGUUAUGUACCUUAAUGAUAUAAUUAAUAGCAGUGGAUCCUUGUUUGUGUUUCUAUUA